CCAGCCCCUCUUCAAGUUUCACUACACGCUCGGACAUCACACACAUACACACAAUGAGCUCUGUCUUUGAACUGAAAACACUUGAUUUCAUGCACCGGAUUUGAGCAGCCACGGAUUCUUGCUCCAUAUGAGGAAGACAAUCUUGAAAGCACCUUGUCUCCUCUUGAGUCUGUUCACAAAUUUGAAUCUCUGCUCUGGAAAAUUUGGGACGCCGAUAACUGAUGAUGUGAGCAAGCUGUCAUUAUUGAAGCAGAAUAUCCCCUCUGAUUAUGAGAUUCCCAUUAGUUACAUUCCCAAAGAAGUGGCUGGCACGUGCUGGGUGGUGUUGAAUAUCUAUCCUUUGGAGCAAAGUCUGCGGAAGCUUGCCAACAUGUUUGGUGCCAUCUCCUCCAACAAAGAAAACAUACUUGUCUUCAUUGCGAUGCUGAAGAGUCUACGCUUCACCUUUGACCAUGAGGAACUGGAAACGGCGAUGCAAGUCUUCCAGUGUCACUAUCAGGAAGAGAGCUUAAUGUCCGGAGUUUACUUUGACUACAUCAAAGACGUCUUACACGCCGCCUCUCAAGGAACAUCCGGCUUCUCGUGCAAGCCACCACCAUGCCUUAAUCCACAUCAAACACCAGAAGGUCAAGAGGAGGGUCGUGAGUACAGCUGGUCGAAGAGAGCUCCCUUGCUUCUGGCUCUCAUCCCCUUCACAGCUUGUGUUAUUAUCGUAGUGUGGCUGGUCAAGUCUAGGAGGCUUUUACCAGCGUGCAACACUGAAAAUAGUCAAAUGGCACCUUCUGACAUGAUCCCAACUGUGUCUAUCUCCAUCCCACUCCAAACACUCGCCCACGCUGCUGACACUCAGCCGGUGGGGGAGGCGAUCCCUGAGCAUGAGAGCGGAUGAGGCGCGAUUAAUAGAAAAGGGAAAUGUGGACCGCAGUUUAACAACGCACUCUCCAGGUUGUUCUGUUAGUGGCCAGAGGCUGCUGGAUAAACGAGUGUUGUCUGACACUCUUCCUCUGCUUUCACUCAUCUGAGUGCACGGACCCGAGCUACGAGAGAAAACUCACCUGCUGUGAAGGCAGGUGUGUCACAAAAUUCCCCAGGCACGUCUAGCACUUAACCAUCCAAAGAGGCUUUUUUGGAUCCAGAGGAGGAACUCACUACACAAUGGCUGGUUAUGUGCCAAAAUGGCUGGUGAAGUACAUUAAUUGUCUCGUCUUGGCCAGUGUUUAACAGCACUUGGCCAGCCCUCUCUGAGCAGACUGAGUUGAGUUUUCUUUUUCUUUCCUGCCACUCUGAACCGUUGCCAUUCAGGGUGUUGCUAUGCGAUCAAACGUAUCGCUGGAGCCUCGAAUCAAAAUGAUCUCACAGGAAAAUGUCAUUUUAUUCUGCGAUGGACCUUUUCAUCAAUCUGUCGGCUGUGUCCUGGUGCUUACAGAGACUGUCCUUUCACUGCUGGUCUUAUAUUCUGACAUCCACUGAAAUGCACAUAUGCAAAGAAGUACAUUCCUAUCACCACUUCCUUUUGGUAAUGCAUCAGAAGUAUUGUGCAAGUGCAUCUACUGCAGCUUCUCUUUUACUUGUUGUUGACGUUAUUCUGAUCUGUGAUCUGUCACAAAUUGCAAACCUGCUAGUCACAAACAACACGCCAGGCGCUUCAACAAGCGUCCUACUUUGUGUAUCAAAGAUCUGACCAGAUGGCAGAUAGCCAUCGCCAGAGGCACUUUGAAUCCCGUCAUUGUAUUUCAAAGCUGUUGCCCAGUGAUCUAUAGCUGCUGCUCAGCCACAGUGAGUGUGUUUUUAAUGCCUUAUUCACUGAGUCAAUCAUGUUCAGUCAUGAGAACAUGACUCCCCGAGUGUGAGCGCUCUUGUGCUGUAUGUGUCAGAGCGAGGGAGCGAGAGACAGGACAGGCAGGACGAGGGAAAGUGAGGGAGAUAGGGAUAGAUAGAUGGAUGGACGGAUGAGCUCAGUGAGAAGCAUAAGGAAGGCUUGUUCUCGCCACAAAAGAACUGGCCGUAGGCUGGAGGAAAUGCCAGUUACAAACACGACUGAUGUCGGCAGAUCCCUAUGAAUCAACAGGCGAAGAAUCUUUCCAGACCGCAGGCUAUGUAGCCUCAUCUACAGAGGAUGGUCAGUAUUUCAAUAACAGUUUUUGGUAUUCGAAUGAUUUACUUCCACAACGCAUCAAUGAAAUAUGGGACGAUACACCUUUAUUAAAAUAUUUUCACUUUGUAGACAAGUGCUACAACUUUGGUGUUUUACUGUUUGUCUUGUGACCAAUUUUUUUAAAAUAAUUUUCAUUUUUGUAUUUUUGUGAAAUUGUGUAUUUGUAUCGUAUGUGAGAUAUUUAAGUUAUUUUGUUAUGAGAUAAACCACUUACAAAAUGUAAUGAACUUUUUCUACUAUUGUAAUAUUGCAAAUGAAAAAUAGAUAAAUUUUAAGUCAUGCAUGCACUGGGGUUAGACAAAGUACUGUAAACAUUCUGAGAACACACAUUAUACUCUCAAAGUAAUUAAGGGUGCUUUCACACCUGGCCUGUUUGGUUCGGUUCAAUCGGACUCAAGUUCGUUUGCCCCCUAAGUGUGGUUCGUUUGGGCAUAACACUUGGGUACGCACCAAAACAACCGGACCGAGACCUUCUUGAAGAGGUGGUCUCGGUCCGGUUACAAACGAACUCUGGUGAGGUUUGUUUGUGGUGAGAAUGUGUCCCGACCUUAACAUGCACAUUCAGCACAUCCCUUGCAUCAAAACAUUGUUUUCUAGUUGGAGCCGCACCUCGUUUUCAAACUGUAUGGUUUGACUAAAAUGAACAAUGACAGCAAUAUAGUCCACGAUGAGCAGCGCUAAAAUCACCCUGCGUAGUUGUCCCUCCAUUGUGACAUUAGAAAGUGUCACAUUUAUCUUGCAAGUGUACUCUUCUUCAACGUUUUGUUUACUUCCUGGAUUUUUCUCACAUGGAAAUUCUGACCAAUCACUGAGAGCAGCUUUCUCGCGCAAGGCAUUUUAUAUUUGUAGUUCUUUAUGAAAUGUUGACAUUGCUUUGUCUCGCCCCUGCAAAUGGCCCAUGAGCGAAAUCAUGUUGUCGAUAUUAUAUGUAUGUUCUGUGACAAUAUAUUGAUACAUCUUAUUGUUGUUGGAAAAAUGACGAAACGCCAAGACUGGAUGCUUCCUUCAAGUCAUUUUUAUUUAAAGAAUAAAAUAACAGAACACAAUACUGCUUCAAAAACAUUGUAAGUUGACAUAACACAGGCAACAAGGGGCUUGAUGAAAGGCCUCCACUCUGGAUUUUUGAAGUGACAUAUUUGGACUUAUUCAUACAGAGAUCAUACAUUCAUGCAGAACAUUGUAAGGUCUACUCAGGCCUCCCUGACCUUUGAUGUAAUUUCAAAGAUGAUUCAUGAUGAUUUUUUUUUUUUCAUUGCCAUGGUUACUGAUUGCACAGAUAACAAUAGCAUCAAUGAGAUGUUCUGGUGAUUCAAGUUGUAAUAAUAAAACUGUUUGUUAUGCAACAGAAGAAGCAAUGCUUUUGAGCUGGAUCUUGUUAUAUUGUAACUCUGUCACAGGGGAAACUACCCAAAUUGAGAAUAUGUUAUUUCCACGGUCAAGGAAAGCUUGAUCAAUAAAAGUGAACCCUCUUAAAGCCAGAAACAAGAGGUGUUAGUCUCAAGCUUGUGAUGUCACAUGGUUUAAAGUCUGGAGCUGCUAUCUGACAUUUCUUAACAAUGCACUGCUGUGGAGUGGGCUGCAACAACACAUAUUUUAGCCACCUAAGGUGUACCCUAUAUUUCAAUAUUUGCUCCAUUUUCCUAUACAAACUAACCAAUCAAGUCCGUGGUAGACCAGCAACUCAGUGCUGAGCUAAAUGACUGUUUUUGCCAAUGGAGUAAGGUGAGUUUGAUGUAACAGUUUUAAUUCCUCAUUGGAAAACACUGUCUGACAGCAAAGUAUAGCGGUGAAAAUACACCUAAACUGAUAUUACUUUUUUACGGUGGGCCUUUUUUAGGUGGCUAAAAACAAACCAAUUGCUCAGCACUGAUUUUAUCUGCAUGACACAAGGAUUUUCUACCCGGAAGUUACUGUUAAAACAAACACUGUGAUUCGGUUUAUAGACAAUGAAUGGGACCCUGCCAUGGACCCAUAGUGUUUGUUUUCUUUUUGAUACCCAAAUAACUUUAUGCUAUUGAAGCUCUCAGUGUCUCUAUAACAGCUUUCCUUAUUAGUCUAUGGGGCAGCUCCAGACUUUAUACCCGAUGACAUCAUAAGUUUGAGUUUCAGCUCUCCAGUGUCUGGUUUUGGGUGAGAAUUGUUCAUGUUUGGGCUGUCUUAGAUAAUAGGAAUAACAUGUAUGAUUUUUCAAAAUGGGCGUAGUUCCCCUUUAAUAUUUUAAUUUGACAUCUACAGUUUCACUAUUAAACUAAAUUUAGAGUAGAACAAUAACUAGUAGUAUAACUAAAAGUAGUAGAAUA